CGCGAACAAUUUUCCAGGGCCGGCAUUGGCCGAAAGUUGAAGUGGGCUUCGACGUCAAAAGUCCAAGACAGUCAGUCAACACCACUGCGGGCGGGCAUCGUGUGAGAGGCAAACGAUUUCAAGAUGAUCCAAUUAAAGUCGAUGCUGAACUGCAUCGACAACUCUGGCGCGGCCAUUGUCGAGUGCGCCAUGGUCAUCGGGCAGAAGAGGCACGCAUCGAUCGGUGACAGGAUAGUGGUGGUCGUUCAGAAACAGAGAGGUGCGCAGGCGGAGGGCAUGGCCGCCUCCUCGGGUACCAAGGUCAAGCGCGGCGACAUCCGGCACGCCAUCGUGGUGCGGACGAAAUACAAGGUGCAGCGGCGAGACGGCAGCGUGAUCAGGUUCGACGACAACGCCUGCGUCCUGAUCAACAAGGCUGGGGACCCCAUCGGCUCACGAAUCAACGGCGUCGUGGGACAGGAGCUGCGGAAGAAGAAGUGGAGUAGGAUUCUCAGCAUGGCGCCCAUGCAGGCAUAACCGGGGAAAGGCUGGGGGUCUGGGAGCGCCGUCGAGAUUCGUCAAUGUAGCGGCCUGGUCAUCGCGGGCUAAUUCUGCCUGGGCAG